CCCAAACUCAACCAUUAUCAAUUCAGAAAAUUGUAUCGAUUUCUUUUUAUAGUAAGUAUUCGCUAGGAAUUCGUAGCUUUUAUCUGGUUCACAAAAUUCUUAUAUCCAUGGAUUUUCUGAAUUUUGUCAAAAGUUUUUUGGUCUAUAUAGCUAUCUUCACUUUCUCGUUUCAAGUCACACUAGGAAGCAUUGAAUGUGAGAAUUUGAACAAGGACUCAUGUGCAUUUGCCGUAUCAUCAAGUGGAAAGCGAUGUGUGCUUGAGAAGAAUGUCCGAAGGAGCGGAGAGGAGGUCUUUGUUUGCAGUACCUCACAAAUAGAUACUAACAAGUUAGCAAGUUGGAUAGAAACUGAUGAAUGCCUAGAUGCAUGUGGGCUUGACCGUAACAUCCUAGGGAUCUCCUCUGACUCCCUUCUUGAGUCUCGGUUCAUGCAAAAACUUUGCUCAACUCAAUGUUACAAUGGUUGUCCGAAUAUUGUUGAUCUAUACUUCAAUCUUGCUGCCGGUGAAGGUGUAUAUUUACCAAGCUUAUGUCAAGCACAAGGGGAUAGCAAGAGGAGAGGGAUGAGCGAGAUAAGGACCACGGGAUAUGUUGGCGCACCUGGACCAUGGUGCCCGUGAAAUUUAUGGUUGAUGGUUCCCCGACAAUAGCCCCAUCCCAUGUUGUCCCUUCAAUACUAUAAUAGAAUGAUCCUUGUUUUUAGAUGUGUGAGAUAUAUGUGUAUUAUCCAGUUAUCUUCAAAUAAGGAUUGAUCAUCCAAGAAUAAAGAUUUGCAAUUUCAUCAUGUAUACAUAACAGGAAAAUUAACGAAGUUAUUAUUUUAUUA